AUGGCCGAGCGGCAGGAAGCUUGCCGACCUGCCGCUCAAGCGAGAGCAGUAUUGUGGGAUGUAGCUGGUGUUGACCCCCGGGUGGGGGAGGCUGCCUUGUCUCUGGGUCAUGUGGUGUGCCAGGCUGCCAGCCCAUUGGGAACAGUAUUCCAGGGGCUGGGAACGUGGAAAGACGGCGCUUCUUCGCCUGUGCCCAGAACUAGAGGCACCUUUUUCUGCUUCCCCAAGAACCGGCCUGGAGCGGGAGGACUGCGCUUCGCCCAUGGCCAGAGGCAGCAGCUCUCCUCCUCCUCCUCCUCCCAACUAACUGACGUGGGGUGGGCGAGAUGCGCUCUGGGCGCCCCUUCCCUCUCCCACCCUGCGGGGCUCCAGCCGGGCGUCGGGAGAGGCGUGCCGGGGCGGGGCCGAGGGGGCCGGGGUGGAGCUGGCGUCGGCGGCGUCGGGCUCUGCUGCGCCCCAGUCUCGCCUCCGGACUCCGCAGUCGGCUCGGCUCCGUCGCUCGCUUGCUGCCGCCGCCGCCGCCCCCGGGCAGCCUCCGCGUCCUUCCCGCACGCCGUCGAGGGAGCGAUGGGCCCGGCGCUGCUGCUCGCGCUGCUCUCGGGCCUCGGAGCCGCCAAGCCUUUCUCCACUGCAGGAAGCUCCCAUGGAGGGCUGAACCACAAUUUAUUUGUUGGUUCCCGAAGGGUUCGGCGUGAGCUUCAGGGAGUGCCCUAUGAGGCUAUCGAGACCGCGCUGGCCAAUGAAGCGUAUUAUCCCGAACUGGUCCGGCUGGCAGCACUGGAGGGAGCCGUGUCGCCCCCUGGGGGACAGCUGCGGGAUGAGGCUUGCGAGGCCCUAGGGCGCAGCCUUGGCUUAUACUAGUAUCCAACUGCGGAUGAGCAGCUUGGCCCGAAAGCGUUAGAAGAGGCCCUGCGCCGCCACCUUUAAUUAGCCAGUUCCAGCCAGAUGAUCACCUGGCCCUGGCUUUGCAGCGCCUGCUUCAGGAUGGGUAUCGCCGGGACCAGGAAUCUGUCUAUCUAGCCAACCUGCUUAGGCUGUGGGAUGAGGCCAAGGGAGCUGCGCUAUACCCUGACUACGAUGAAACCAGUCUGGUGGGUGGCUCCUCCCCACCAAGAGCAUCCCUGAGUCGCUAUGGGACCCCAGAAGUGGGGUUUAAACCCCAAGAAGAGCCGGGUGGUAAAGAAGAAGCCGGUGAGGUGGACCCUGAGAUGCUAAGGUACCUGAUUGGCAAGAUCUUGUCCGGCACCAACCUGCCCCAACAGCGCCCGCCGGCUCCUCCCAGGCGCCUGCGGCGUGCACUCUUUGAUGAAGAAGACCUCCCCGAGCCACCCAGUCUUCUGCGGGUCAAGCGGCUGGGCACGGAGGCUGGAGAGCAGCCCCUGUUGCAGCGGGUCAAGCGGACGGAAGGGGAAGGGGUCGGGAGGAAGAAGGGGAUGACGGGGGGAGCUCAGAGGCUCCACUAUCUUUCCAAAUAGCGAGGGUUUGCUUCUGCCUGAAUAUGGGGGUGCCACCUCAUCACUGCCUCCCCCCACCCAAUCUCUGAAUGUUGACAGACUGUGAGCGACACCUACUGUUUUUUUCCUGCCUCUUGACCCCAAAAUACCAGGGAGGCAGCCUGGAGCUAGAGUGCCCAGUCCUGACAGUCUAGUAUGUUUGGGAGCCUCCUCCAAACUCUACUUCAUGGUGCCUGUUUACAGAGCACCAGUUCAGACAAGCAGAUGCAUUUUCAAUGCGGGUGCGUUUUAACCGCCCCCCCUCCCCCAAUCUGGCUCAGUCUCCUCAGCCUCUCCGGUUUCCUAACAUCCUUUUGGCGGGCGGGGGGGAGUGUGGGUCAAGCAACCCCAUAGCUGCCAAAUCCUCCUCCUGACUUAAAAAGUCCCUUUAUGGUGCCCUUCUCUCCUCCCCCAUCCCAUGCAGGCUCCUCCCCCCGCCCCACCUUGCCUGUUUCUGUCGGAUUGGCAGCCUCGCCUUUGUGUUCACCCUCGUUUAAUGCACACAAAUACAUAUGCAAUCCCAACGCUUGUUUCGUCUCCAUGUUCGAUCGUGCUUGCGGCCAGAGUUUUGGUGUUGAUGAGUUAAUUAUUAAAAGCCCAUCAGGUAUUUUAACGUA